ACACUGGGACGACGAGAUGGGCAAGUCAGGCAAGAAGCAUCACGGAGCGAGUCGCUUCGACGCUCACCAUCGCCGGCGCCUGAGCGAGGAAGGGAAGCGUCUCCUCCGCCAUGCGUUCGCCCACGACGGCGAUGAGGAAGAUGUCCGGUCGGUCGAGGCGGUGAGCAACCUAACCAACCGUGACGCUGAAAGCUCCGAGUCAGAGCUUGACGGCUUCGACGAAUGGAAAGGCGGCCACGGCAAGUCCAAGGACGCCAAGGAGGCGCUCCAUGACCUUGUCGAAGAGCUCGAAGAGAAGCGGGACGAGACGCGGGUCGCAGCUCUCGAGAAGCUGAACGUGUUGCUCUGUGCGUCGGCGCUGACGCAAGAAGUGGGCAGCAUCAAGUCGCGGCUCGUCACGGCCGCGUUGGCGUGCUUGAAGAAGCGUCAUCCCGAGUCGGCCGUGCUCUGCUUGCGCUUCUUGGCCCUUGUAUCGAUCACGCUGGGCUCGGACGAAGAGGCUUACUAUAACGGCGUGCUGCAACCGCUUCGCCGGACGGUCACAGACAAGUGCGACACGGAGCUCCGUGUCGAGGCGGUCUACGCACUGAGCAUUUCCGUGUUUAUGUGCACCAACGAAGACCAGCCCAAGUGGGAAGUGCUGGAGCUCCUUGGCUCGAUCCUCACGGGCCGCCACGUGGAGAAGGACGAUAACGAUAGCAUUGGCAGCGAAGACGACCAGCGCGAUGAGAGCGACGACGGGCUCAACGACGACCCGACGCUCAAAGUCGCGGCCAUCGAGUGCUGGGCCUUCUUGCUCAGCUGCUUCAACCCGUCGCAGAUCGUGCCCAUGAUCUACGACCAGAGCUCGAUCAUCGCAGACCACAUCGUGGCGCUGGUCAAUAUGGUGCAAGCGGGCGAAGACACAACGGUGCGCGCCAUGGCGUGCGAGGCGCUGGCGCUCGUCAUCGAGUACAAGUACGCGAUCGCCCAGUCGUCGUGGUCGUACGACCAAGAGUCGUCGUCGAGUCCCAUCUCGGGACUCAUUCCCAAGAUCCAGUCGUUUAUGAAAGAGUCGGGCAAAACGAUCGGAAAGAAGAACCGCAAGACGCAGCGCUCGACGUUCAAGGAGGUGCUCGAGACGCUCGAAACAGGCAUGGGACCACAAGAGCGGGACAUGCACGUCGAGGACGAGCUCAUCGAGAUCAACACGUGGGGCCGGCUCUUCCAGGCGGACGUGCUUCGACGCGAACUCGCAACGGGCUUCCAAGUGCAUUUGAUGCAGAACGAUGUGUUGCGCGAGAUCUUCCAGGUGCGCGGCCACGGCCAAGCCAAGUACAAUAUGAUGUCGACGGCCGAUAAGCGCGCGGGGCACAAGACGAAGGCGCGCAGCCUGCGGGCGUCGAUCGCGAUGCGCCGCCGCGCGCAAAACUCGUUUCUUUACACGGAAUAAAGAGAUCGAGACCCCAGACGGUCGUUGCUUG